CGAUAAUAUACACCCCACCUAGUGCAUGCAUUGAUUACUUUUCUACUUCGUGACUCUGCUACGAGCAAUGCCCAAAGUCCCUUCGACCUCGAGCCACGCUCAUUCCCCUUCUCAAGGGCCUAAUUUAAAUGUUCUCAAAAGGAAUCAGGCUUGCCAUCAGUGUCGAAGACGGAAAUUGAAAUGCGACGCUAAAAGACCUUGUUCGACCUGUGUCCGAUCUCACAAGCAUGCCAUUGCGCAUUCUCCUGCAGGGACCGUACAUCCCACAGAACCUGAAUGCACUUUCGAUGAGCCAUUGGAACUUAACACUGGCGUAGAUGGUCCGAGGACAAAGUAUGAGAAGUUGGAGAACCGGAUUGCCGAACUUGAAGCCUUACUGCAAGAGAAGAAUGGAACGCAAAGGCUCAUGAGUCCUCAAAACGGUAGCCCGGCUUCGUCGAAUCAUGAUAGAGACAGUGGAUUUGGCUCAGAAUCUGACUCCCGCUCGUCUGGUUCUACUCCAGCAUUAGUUCCAGCAGCCCUGUCGACGUCAUUGUCGAUGCCGGGAAUGGACAUGACUUGGACUCACUGGCCCACAGACUUACCUGGGCCUGAUCUUCUUCGACAUCUAAUUGAUGUUUUCUUCACCUUCCAUCCCCACGCAUCUCAGCUGUUCCAUACGUCCACGUUUAUGACUUCACUCUCCCUCCCUCCGGAUCAUCCAAAAUUCCCUGCUGUGCCUGUUCUUCAUGCAAUCUGUGCAGUAGGCAGUCUUUACACCUCUGCAGUCACUUCUGCUCCUCCAGUAAAUUUCGAUAAGGUCCCUGCUGACGAAAUAUUCACGGAGCGUUAUCGGAUAAAGGAGAAUCGACCCGACUCAUUUGCAGAACAACAAGCUACGCUUGCCAAAGAGGCGCUUCAACGUAUGGAAAUAAUGGGACUAGAGCUCAUUCAAGUAUUGCAAAGCACCAUCCUUCUAAGCUGGUAUUAUUGUUCGAAUGCAAGUUGGGCUGAGCUGUUCCUCAAUUGCGCACACUCCAUGCGUCUUUGUGUUCCACUCGGUCUGAACGUUUGCCCGCCAUUCCACACCAUUUCAAGAUCAACGAGACCAGCUUCUGUCUUGAACCCAGCGAAGAAUGUUGUAGAAGACGAGCUGCGGAGAAAUGUCUUCUGGUUCGCUUACGCUAUGGAGCGGCAGCACGGGUGCAGCAAUGGCUGGGCGCUCAGCUUGGACGAUAAUGACAUUUCGCAAUUACUUCCAGUUCAGAGCGAUCAAUUUGACAACGGAAAACUUGUUUCACCGAGCGAACGUCAAUGGGCACAUUCAAAUGAUUUACUCACAGUCCACCCGGAACAUCAAACGGAUGGGCUUAUCCUGUAUAUCAAAGCUUCUAUUCUCCUGUCGAAAGUCAAGACUUUUAAUCUUCGUUUCCGAGCGAAACACUUCUCUGGCGAUGGAGAAGGUAGCCUUUCCUACAAUACUUUUCGUGCUGACGAGCCUGUGGAUCCCCGAAACACGAUGUCGUUCAUUGACUUGGAUGGAACUGUCACCUCCUUCAUUGCCACAUUCCCUUCCCAUCUACGAAACCCAUUGACAAAGGAUGAGAAGAUGGAUUGUACGCUGUUUGCUGCGAUGGCGAUGUCACACGUUGCUAUGAUCGUCCUUCAUGAACCUCAUGCGGACAUCAGAAGUCGCGGUUGUAUUUCUGCUCUCAAAAUUCUUACUGCCACUAGGUCUAUCGUUGACUUGAUUUAUACUGCUUGGUCAACGACGUUUGAUCUUUCCCUUUUUGAAUCUUUUGUAUCGUUCUGUUUCUUUGCUGGUGGGCGAGUCCUCUCGAGGUUUCUGCAGGCUGCACUCGAAGAAGAGGCCGAGGAUCAAAUCAAAACUUUCCGUUCUGAAAUGGGAGUCAUUAGGACUGCCAUUGAGCAGAUGUCAACUCGUCAUCGAAUUGCUUCGUAUCUACUAAGAAUGCUGGACGACCUCACUGCUAAGUCGGAAGUACGUUGGUCGGAAACAUUGUCUCCAACCACGGCGCAUCCCUUGGCACUAGAAUCGGUGGUGGUUUGAUAUUAUUUAUUAGCAUUAUAUAUUUUAUGUUGUCUGUAGCUAUGAUAUAAAUAUGAAGGAUUUCUUUCUUUA